GGAAAAUUUUUCAAAACUCGAGGAAACAUGCUAACGGCCUCGUAAAAUAAUAUUUCUUCACGGUUUGCUUCCUAAACUUUAGAAAUUAUAGUUCCUAUAUAAGCCAGCAAUAAUGGCAAUAAAUAAUGGUUAUUUUGUCAUGCCAAUGAACAUGGAUAGAGUUUGUCGCAUUUGUUUACAAGAGAAUACAAAUUUAUCACCUAUUUUUUGCAAUGAGCAAGAUGUAGGUAGUCUUUCGGAUUUACCGCAGAAAAUUCAAGUCUGCGGAGCUGUUGAGUGUCAUGAGCACGAUGGCUUACCUGCUAUGAUCUGCGAUGUUUGUAUAUACAAAGCAAGCGUUGCUCAUGAAUUUAGACAAUUAUGCCAACAUUCUGAUACUAGAUUGCGGCUUUAUUACAACAAACCUGCUAAAUUUAAUGCUAUUGAUUCUGGCACCCAAACUGAUCUACAAACUCAAGUUCUUUUAACAAAAACUGCCGAAGAAUUACAAAAUCAUUAUUUUGUAAAACAAGAAGUAAUGAAUAAUCAGCAGUUUCAUAAUGCAAUAUCAAACGAGGAAUACAAUCCAGAAGCGCAGAAUAAUGCAGUUGUUACAGCAAUUGAAUCAACAAUGCCUGUUGACGUAACUAUAUCAGUUGAAGAAGAAAAACUUUUUAAUUGUCAUCUGAAUUUUGAUGAGCAAUCUAAGGAUGUUGAUAAAAAUUCCGAAGUCGUACCUUGUGAUACGCAGUCGGUAACGUGUACACAAGAAUUAAUUCCAGUUACGACAAAUUUAAUCGAUAGUGUUUGUAAUAUAGAAGCACAUAUAAAUACACCAGAUAAUGGAGUAAAAAAUGAUGUUAGUUAUUAUACUUACAUGACAAAAGAUGAUCAUGAAACUAUCGAUGAAGAAGAAAAUAGUUUAGAAAAACGAACGUCGUGCAGAAAAUUGAAAACUAUAGACAGUAAUACUUUUGAAAGUCAGGAAAUUGAACAUGAUUAUUUCGGACCCGAUAGUGACAGUCAAAAUCAAGAAGAGACAAAGUUUAAAUGCGAUACGUGUUCAAAAUGUUAUAGUACCCAAAAGGGUUUAAAAAAACAUCAGUUAAUCCAUGAAAAACAGUAUAAAUGCGAGAUUUGCUUGAAAACAUUUUGCAAGCUUGAAAAUUUAGAUAAACAUAAGCAUAUUCAUACAAAAAAACCACACGCUUGUCAGUUAUGUCACGCCAGUUUUUCAAAAUCUCAUAGCUUGGUUAAGCAUUUAAAAUCUCACACUGAUAAAGUUAAUAAUAUUAUAAAACAAAUUAACUCCGAUGAUCAAAAAGAAGAAAUAAAUGAUAAAAAAAAUUCAAAAAGUGAAGAUGAUACGGAAGACGAAAGUGGAAAUGGUAAUGAACCCGAUGGCUUUGAAAAUGCACCAGAGAUAUUUAAAUGCGAAGUAUGUGGUCAGUAUUGUUCGACAUUAAAAAAUCUAAAACGUCAUGCCCUUAUUCAUGGAGAAAGAAAGUAUUCUUGUACAGUCUGUAAAAAAUGGUUUUUCCGACCAGAUACAUUAAAAAAACAUGCAGAAAGACAUGGGCAUGGAUUACUCGACAAUCUUGCUGAUGAUAAUAAAUUGUAUGACUCCGAUGAUGAUCUAUUUGCACAUGCCGCAAACAGUAAUACAAUAGAAAAUGAUAAUGUAAGGAAAGAAGAAAGCGAAGAAGAAGGUAAUGGUGAGUAUAAGUGUCAACAUUGCGACAAGGUAAUGGCUACAAAGAAGGGUCUUCGAAGACACGUUGCUAUGCAUAAACCUAAACCAGAACCAGCAAUUUGUGAAAUAUGUAAAAAAGUUUGUGCUAGUCGAGCUCGGCUCACUCUUCAUCAAAAAACUCAUAACAAGCCUAAAGAAAAAGUACCACGCGAGUAUCUUUGUCAUAUCUGUAGUAAAGUAUAUCCUAGUAAUUCUUCUCUCACUUAUCACAUGAGAACUCAUACAGGAAUUAAACCACAUGUAUGCAAAACAUGUAACAGUGGUUUCACUACGACUACGAGCUUGGCUAAUCACAUUCGUAUUCACACUGGUGAUAAGCCUUUUGUUUGUCAUGUAUGCAGUGCAGCCUUUGCUGUUAGUUCUGCAUUUAGGCGGCACUUGACACGUCAUACGGGUGAAGCCAAUUAUCUUUGCAAAACGUGCGGAAAAGCCUUUAAACGACUAAGUACAUUAAAAGAGCACACGUAUACACAUUCCGGGGAGAAGCCUUAUGUUUGUAAGACUUGUGGAGCGGCAUACAGUCACAGUGGGAGUCUCUUUGCUCAUCAGAAGCGAUGCAGAGUACAGUAUACUGAGAUGGUGGUGGAAGACCAUCAUCACACGGUAGCUCAUCAUAUCCAUGUUAAUAAUGUGCAAUCCGCGGUGCGGUCGCUUGCUGUGAUAGGUCAGAUGUUUUGAAGAAAUCUCAAACUGAUUUGUUUCAAAAUAUAUACGUCCAGUACUUUAUUAUCGAUUACGUAUCUUACGACUGAAAUUGAAUACAAGAACCAUUAUUGUAUGCAUUUUUCCCUUUUUAUAAACUAUUAUGUUACUCUUUACUUUAGAUUCAUUAUUACUAUACCAUUUAAUACAAAUUGUUAAGCGGCUUUUUUACAAUUACUUUAGUUGACAAAUACUAACGAUUUUUAUUGUACUA